AUGACGCAAAAGUUUGUUAAAACUGAUUAUAGAAGGAAGUCUAAAGGGGAUGAACCAUGGGGGUAGGUCGAGAUUAAAGUAUAUUCAACAAAUAAUAAAAGACCAAGGAUGCAACUCAUAAUUAGGCAUGAAAAGAAAAGCGGAUAAUAGAGAAGAAAGGAUGAUGGCUGCAAACAAAUCUACCGAAUAUUGAAACCAUAGUGAGAGAGAUGAUUUUUAGAGUAUUGAAAAAUAUUAUAAUAAUUUUUUUUUAACACAGAUACGUAUUUACUAUAUUAUUUCACAAAAUAACUUAUUUUUCAUGAUAAAUUGAAAUGUUUUUGUUGUAUUAAGUGNUAAAACAUAAUAUAACUUUAUAUGAUUAACAAGGUUUUUAAAUUUUUUUUAGAUCUUAAUAGUAAGUAUAAGUUCUUUUACUUGAUAUUAUUACAGCAACUACAAAUAGCAUAUAUUGGCUACCUAUAACUUUCUUUAGUAUUGUUUGACGUUAUUUGAUACCUACACCUUGUAGGUAUUAAUAAUAUAUGAUAUAUAUCAUUAUUAUUAUUAUUUUAUUAUUAUACUACUACUAGUUUUGUAGUCUUGUAAGGCCGGCAAAAUUUACAUAUUAUAAUAUUUCAUUCUAAAUUAUAGCUUUUAUUCUAAUUCGACAAUUUUCGAAAUUAAUGCUUAUAUUACAUUCAAUUUUGUUAUUUUGUCAUUCAGUUAAGAAUAUUCAAAAAGACUUGAAAUUUGGUCAGAAAACCUAUAUUUUCCUAUUGACGUGGUCAAAUUUUUGAACGAUUUAUACAUUUUAAUUUUUCCAGUUUUGUACAUAAUUUGUAUUCAGUAGAUACUCUGUGGAUAAAAUUGUUGGACCGAACAGAAAUACUUGAGAAUUUAACAUGAGAUUCGUUGAAAGUCGUAUUUUGUGGAAAAAAAAAAUUUGAUCAGAAGCUCACUGGCCUAUCACUUCUAUAUAUUCAUCGAUAUGAAAAAAUAUAUGUAUAUAUAUAUAUAGAGAAUAUUGUUGAACAAACCGCUUGCUAAACGAUGAUUAAAAUAAAAGUAUUAUAAUUAUUAUUAUUGUUAUUCGUAUAAUUAUAAUUUUAAUUAUUAUUUAAUUAAUAAGAAAAAAAUUAAUUUAACUUUUUUAUAGUACUAUUUUACUGCAUAUGUACAUUAUAUCUGCAGUCUUUCUACAGUGGAUACUGUAUCAAAACAAGGCUUCGUUCCUGAUCCUGGAGUAGAACCGGCUAUUUUAUACUACUAAUAAAAGAAAAAUUAAAAAUGUACAUUAUCUGCAAACAUUUUUUGUGAAACCAUUUGAACUUCUUAAAUUUAAUGCUGAGGUUAUCAUUAUCUGUUUAUAAGUGUUCCUGAAAUUUUUUUUAUAAAUUGAGAAAUAACCUGAUUGUAAAUGGUAUUUAUACAUUUUUAGUAGUGAAAUGUUUGCCCAAUUUUGAUUUUUAAAUAGCAACAUGUAUAAAUAUGAAGUUUCAGUUUAAGUACAUUGUAGUGUUGACAUUUUUAAUUUUCAUCGACCCGUUAACGAGAGUUAUAUAUUAUUACUACAAAAUUAUUGCUGUGGAGUAUUUCUAGACAUAGCUCAAGCUUUUGAUAAAGUUUGGCAUAAAGCACUACUCAUAAAAUAUCGUGAACAGCUGCCACACAUUUGGUGUGCGCUAUUAGAAUCUUAUCUGACGGACCGGAAAUUUCGAGUCAACCACAAGGUACCCCUUUUACAAUUGCAAACGUUGUUGUUUACGUGUUCAGAAUGUGUCGGUGACUCGUUGACGGGCCAGUCUUUAUCUCAAUGCAUUAGCUCGACGGCGUUCAUUGCGUUGCUCUAGACUUUCAUUAGUUCGUGUGAUUGCAGCCUGGUUUCUUAAAUUUCCAUUGUCCGUCAAUUGAUCUUCUGUCGAUCUAUUUAACUGACGGUUCAGGACUAGUUGUAAUUCCGAGUCCGUCGUCCAAUAUUUCCUCUUCGUCCACGAAGACGUGGCAUUGUUUUAAGUACGUAACUUUUUAGAAAAAUUGAUGUUAUUUCAAAAUAAAGAAUAAUGAAAUUAUUAUAUUAUUUUUCUUUCAUUUCAUACUUUGUUUAAUAUACUAAUCACUUGAANGAUGUUAUUUCAAAAUAAAGAAUAAUGAAAUUAUUAUAUUAUUUGUCUUUCAUUUCAUACUUUGUUUAAUAUACUAAUCACUUGAAAUAUCAUAUAGGACAAUGUCUGUCGGGUCCACUUUUAUACAUAUAUAUUUUCAAUUCGAUGGAUAUUUAAAAGUGAUAAGCCAGUGAGCCUUAGUAGUAUGACGAAACACGCAAGCUCAAAAAUAAUAAAACUUUCAUAGAUUUUUGUUUCAACUUUUGCUGGAGAAACCAAAUAAGUAGAAAAAUGAGUGACGUGUAUGGCGCCUUUAUGUCUCCCGAGGUCUUUCAUUUUAACGACUCCCACUUGUUUGCUACAGUAGUUUAAAGUAGGGCAUUUCUAAGUGGGUGAGGGGUGUAAAUAUUAUUGAGAAUUAACAAUGUCAAUUUUAUUAUUGUGAUAGAACUAAUUAUAUUAUUGAAACGUUUGAUAGUUUAUUAAAAAUAUUAAAUGUGUUAUAUAUUUAUAUUAUGUAUAGAUAUUAUGCAUUAUAAUAUUUAUUAAACAAAACUAUAAUAUUUUUUUUUUUCAUAUUUAGUCCAUGUGCGAUUUUUACAAAUUUUACUUCUUAUUUCUUCUCAUCUGUAAUUUUAACGCUUUGUACCAUUCAUAUACAUAGAAUAAUAUUAUAAGAAACAAUACAUUUUUUUUCCCCAGCAAGGACAAAACUUUAUAUCAAAAGUUUGUUUUUGGCGAAACCAGAGGGUAUGUAUUAAAAAAUUUAAAUUUAACAAAAGUGUAAACUAAAAAUAAAAAGUUGCGAAUUUCGAAGUACAUUAUUUGUUUGUAUAUUUAUUUAAAAAAAAAAAAAAUAUCUAUUUUCAAAAUCUUAAGUAAAAAUAUAUCAGUAAUGGGUAUAGAGUGAACUAAAAAUAUAUUUUUGCAAUAGAAGAACAAAUAUUCAAACUACUAGAAGGAAAACUGAUUGAAGAAUCCUACAGUCCAUUUGCUGCACCGGUUACACAUUAGCACAUUAUCUACAAAUUAGCAUUAAGAAAGAAGAGAAUAGAAGAUCUAGUCUACUAGUCUAGUAUAUACUUUACAGAUUCAAACAAAAUAGUAUUACCACAAGCACAACCGUUUUCACUUUUUAAUGACCUAGUAAUAAAGACAAGGAAUUGCAAUUUUUUUCAACAUUAGAUAUUAACUCUGAUUUCUGGUAAAUUUCUUUACGAAUCGAAGAAAGGAAAUGACUGCUUUUGUAACACAUGAGGAACACUUUAAAUGAAAAUGCUUUCCUUUUGGUGUCAAAACCUCACCUGCAUUUUUCUGGAGAAUGCUGAGUAACAUGUUGAUGAAUUAUAAAAUCACAAACUUUGCUGUUAAUUAUAUGGAUGAAAUUCUUAUAUUUUCUAAAUAUUUUUAUGAGCACAUUAAUCAUUAGACAUAAGAUACUGACAAUACUGGAUCAUAGUAAAAUCAUUUACUGUACAUUCCGAUCAUAAACCAUUAGAGAAUAUGAAUAUGAAAUCUAGGAUUGACCAAUAAAAAUAUAAGAAAAAUAUUUUGAUAAAGAAAGGAAAUGUACACUACAGGAAGGUUAUGGGAAAAGAAAGAAUUAUAUUGCCAAAGGGGUUUAGUGUUAACUCAUAAAAAAUAUUCAUGAAAAUUUGUGCCAUAUUAGUAUUAAACAAACGCAAAAGAAAAUUAGUCCACUAUGUAUGGCAAAAAAUUGAAUAAAAAAUAUAGAAUAAAUUGGUAAAUGCUAUGAGAUAUUCAUAAAAAAUAAAUCAAGAGCAAAGGGCGAAUUUGGUUUAAUGUUUCACUUGGGUCCAGCCACUCUUUGAAAAGUUUCUUCUAAUUUCAUUAAAAUUACCAAUUGAAAAAAAAUAACUCAUAGUUUAGGAUUCUAAAACAAACAUUCAACCAUCAACCAAGUUCAUCGAAACAAAAACCUGAUUAGCAGAGCACUCGAAGAAAAAAAUUAUGUCUACGGAGUAUUUCCAGAUGUGUACAAAGCUUUUGAUAAAGUUUUCCAUAACGAACUACUCAUGAAACUACAAGAACAAUGGCCACCUGGUGCUCAAUUUUUAAUUCUUACUUAACUGAAUGACAGUUUUGAGUCAUGCAUGAAGAAACGAUAACAAAUUGGAGUGAUAUAUCAGCUGGAGUACCACAAGGUCUAAUAAUAUAGGUCCUAGGACCUAUAUUAUUUCUGCUCUACAUAGUCGAUAUCCUUACCAACAACAACUUAAUGGCUACUAUGUUUGCUGAUGAUACGGAAAUUUUAACAACCAUUAAGAAUCAAAAGACUGCGGCUAAAAACUUAUAAACUUCAAUCGACAACAAUUUCAAUUUGACAAGACGUUAGAAAAUUCAAAUCAUUAUGAUUAGUCAAUGCACGUAAAUUUUACUUUUCACAAAACUGAGAAUAUCCAAGUGCCACUGGAUCACCAAAUGAUCCCACAAAAAGAUCUAGCUCAAUACUUGAGUAUGCACAUUGUCUUCCACUUGAAUUGGAAGCAUCAUGUCCGCCAAAAAAAAUUACAAAUCAAGGAAAAAUGGAUAAAUUAUCCUGGCUAGUUGGAGGACUUUUAAAACCAGAUCUUGUAAACAAACGUCUAUUGUACUUAAUGAUAGCUAAACAUUUAUGUAAUUACGAAAUACAUCUGUAGUAUUUUGCCAACAAGUCCAACAUUGAAAUUAUUCAACGCUGCCGAAAAAUCGCUUCCCGUAUCAUCGUCGCUGCUCACCGGUGUGCCAGAAACGACACUAUCCACCGUGAUAUGAUGAUCACCUCAGUCCGGAACGAGAUUACCAAGUUUGUCUGUAAACAUGAGAUAAAGCUGGAUCACCACAUCAACCCAGCAGCAAUUCAACUACUUGAUAAUUCAUAAGACAUUUGGCGUUUCAAACGCCAAAGACCAUACGAUUUAGUAUAGGAUUCUUAGACUAUGGUCGGGGCUAUUCCAUUGCGAGUGAAAAUCUCCCCCCUUUUUUUUUUCUUCGUACAUCAAUGAAUUAGUAUUCUAGCACACCUUUAUAAUGUAUUUCUGAAGAUAUUUGAUCGUUGUAAUAAAAGCUUUCGGGUAAUUUAAUAAAAAAAAAAAAAACAUGUACACUUGGAUCUUACCUAAUAUAUGGUUAACAGAGGAUUUAUUUGAUCAUAAAAUAGGCUUAGUUGGUUAUGAAUUGUUUCGCUUUGAUCGGUAUGAAAAUAAAACUCCUUACCGUAGAAGUGGUCGUAUUCUAAUCAUUUUCUGAAAAAUUAUUAGGACUCUGAAAUACCUAUACAAAAAUAUAACAUACAAUUUAAUGGAUACAUAUUAAUAUGUACAAUAGUCCACAUGAAUUAAAUUGCGAAGCUAACGUUUAUCAAUGUUUUUUCUUUCAGAUAUAGUCACUAAAACCGCCGAAGAAUUUUGUAAUCGUAAAAGUGUGUAAAUUAGUACAGUUUAACUUGUAGGCUUUAAAAAAGCUAUAUUUUCAAGCUUUUAGGGCACUUUAAAUAUCAAUUAAUUGAUUAUUGUUUUUACGUUGAGUAAUUAUUAAUUUAUUGUAUCUACGUAUUUUAAUUAUAUUCCAUAUAAAAUCCAUUAAAAAUAUCGUCAGUUAACUGCAGAUGAAAAAAAAAAAACGAAAAUCCUUUGCAUAUUGGGUGGGCCACUUUUGUAGGUGAGAAGUUGAUUACGUUAUUUUAAUUUUGUUAAGCUACAAUAGCCAACACUAACCUUCAGGAUAGCGAAAAUAUGAUUUUAUCAUAUUUCAAACAUCUAGCUAUUGUAGGUUAGAUUUGGUUAGUUGAGUUUUAAGAAAAGUUUAAAAUUUUUAUUCAUAUAUAGAAAUUAGUAAUCUGCAAUAUUAAAAGAUCCCAUGCCUUAGCGACAUAGUGUAAUAAUUUUAACUUUAAAUUUAAAACACCGUCUGAAAUUAUAUUUUUCAUUUUGUUAUAAUUUUUAACUACAAUUAAAUGUUUACAACCACCUUAGAACGACACAAAAUCAAGAUAUUUUAAUUGUGAUACCAGGCUUACGUAGAGUUGCUAGGUUUUUUAGUUCUUAUAUAAUUCUUCUAUUAAUUUAAAUUUUGUAGUUCUAAUGUAAUUUGGAUAAAAAAAUACGUAGAGACCUGUAAUUUAGACAGACAGCUAAUUUGUAGAUUUUCUAUACGUUCAAAAGAUUAGUUGUUUCAAUUGAUUCAUUUUAAGUACAGCGCUAUGUUAAAUAUUUAUCAUAAAUAAUAAAACAAUAAAGUUAAAAAAGAAUUAUUAAAUGGUUAACACAACUCGUAAAGAAAUAUAUAAAUAAAUAAAUGUGUCGCUUGGAUUUUUAUGAAAUGUGUAUUGUACAUCGGAUUUUGAAUUAAAAAUUCAUCGUCAGGUAAAAUCACAGUCAAUAAGUAAAUUGCGACUGAAUAUGAUAAAAUAUAUGAUUAAAUACAUAGAGGAAAAAUUAUAAAAGUUGGCCGUUUCUCUUUCGCAAGCCUUUUCCCGGGCAUGCGUCGCCCGAUCCGCUCUCGACUUCCUAGACGUGUAUUUACAGACCGUAACUGAAUUCGGCUAACAGCACCUCAAUGCGCGUGCACGUAGCUUUACUAUCCAUUAGAUGCGUUAUCAUAAUUUACAAAGUAGUUGAAAUGUUGAGGUCUAACAUGAUUACUGCAGUAGUAAUAAUUAUAAUACAGCCAAUAAAUACAAAUAUGUAUAUCAAAAGAAGGUAAGAUAAUGGGGACAGAUGCAGCUAUUGGUGUAGAUGGGAAGUUGGUAAGGUAGGAUAUAGACGAAAAUUUAGUGUAUAUUUGUAAGCAACGAUAACCCAUUGCUUACGAAAAAAAGAUUCUGAGCGGAGUUUAGUUGAUAGUGUUACUUUGUCAACGAAAUUUAUGUCAUUUUACAGUAACAUAAUUAAAUAUGCUUUAUAUAUUUUCUUUAAUAAAAUUUGUUUAAUGUUCUACCAAUUUUCAAAGUGUUCUUAUGUUUUAUCACGUAAUUUUACAUAUACUUGUAAAACUAUUGGAUAUAUCAAAAAUUUACCACCCUAAAAUACCUCCCCACACCCAUUUCCUUUCAGAAAAGGUGUUACCCUUAGAAAUCUGAAUAGUUUUCUAGUGGAAAAGGUGUGCACACGAAAAAAGAAGGCCGUAAUACAUUUUAACUAAUAUCAAUAUGUUUUAUAUUUUCCGGUUUUCUCGGUUUUUCAUAUUUGUCGUUUAACUUCGGGGAAAAUGGAAACAAAACCUCUUUCAAGUUCCUGGUGAAAUUUCCUUUCAGAAACAUUGUUUUCAUUAAACGUUGGAGCAAAAUUGCUGGUAGAAAAGUUGUACAAAGAAAAAAGAAGCUGGUAACAUAUUUCAACUCAUUUCAAUACACUUCUUAUGUUUGUGUUUUGACAUAUGUUUUUUCUAGUAAAUUGUUUCCGAUUUUUAAGUGUUACUAUUUAUCUGAAAACUCAAUUUAUCUAAAUAUUACUUUAAACAGGUCAUUUUUCGAUUUCAUAGAUUUUCGAUACAAUACAUUAAAUAAAAGCACUUAAUUGUAAGAAACGUAGGAAAACAUUCAAUUUCACCAUUUCAUUAUUUUAUAAAAAUACGGACGACGUUUUCUACAAAAGAAAAUGAUUUAAUCGAAAAAUCACCAAAUACAUUUUUUAACGCCUUUUUGAUUUACUUCAGUGAAGUUUUAUUGCGAAAAUGUUUAAAUCCAUUUUGAGCUUUAGGGACAUUUUAAUUUUUUGGAUUUUUUUUUCUGCUAUUCAGUUAUCAAUACACGAAGAGACUUGAAACUUGAUAAAAGACUAGUAUUGGACUUUCCUCGACGUGGUAAAAUUUCCGAAAUCAUCGAAUGAUUUUUAUUUUUAAGCGCAUUGAAAACAAAUUUAAACGGAAAUUGCAAAAAGAAUAAUAAUACGGCAAUUCUUAUUAUGUAUUACCGAAAUUCAGAAUCAUCAUUCGUCAAGCAAUAGUUUAUCGUUGCUUACAGAUAUAAAUGAAAUAACAUUAUAUGUCCAAUCUUCCAAAAUUCUCACCUACAACAGUGGCCGCUCCCAUCCCUACUAUCAGGAAUUUUUUUUUCUGUGCACAACUUUUCUACCAGAAGUUUUGCUCUAAAUUUAUGAUAGCAAUGUUUUUAAAAAGAAAUUUCACUAGCGAGGUACUUUAAGAAGGUCAUUUUUCGAUUUUCGCAUGAGUUUUCUCAUCAAAUUUGAAAAACCGGGAUAAAACAUAGUAAAACCGAGAAAAUUGAAAAAUUGGUACAACAUUAAACGUAUGUUAUUAUAGCAAAUAUAUAAUGCAUAUUUAAUUAUUUUACUACAAAAUGACAUAUAUAUAUAGUUGACAAAGCAUCACUAUCACUCCUUUGUGUUUAUAACGACCACGAGAAUCAAGGUGUUGUCAGCAAACCCGAGUAGCUGGUUCCUAUAUGGAAGCUCUUCGAUCAAGACUUGAUUAUAUGUAGUUAUAUACUAUUUGCCUACAACGGACCCCUGGGGUGCCCCUCUUAUGAUAGGUAAAUUAAUUGCCCCUAUUGGAAAAAGGAGCGAGACAACAGUACCUGCUCGCUCAGAAAAAUACGACGCGAACAUAACGCAUAGGUAUUUUAGCACUCACCAUUCCUCUAACGCUGCAAAAGGUAAAAAUUGGCUUUGUUAAAUUCGGCAAGCACCGCGCUGUCCAACGUCAUUAUGGCUUCGUCCGUUGAUUUGCCUCUUGGUUAGGCACCAGACUUCCUUUCUGUUCAAUAACUGCUUAUCAUGUUAUGUUCUACCCUGUGAACCAUCCAUAUGAUUUUGCCGGUGAUUUCAUUUGGACCUGCUAUCAUGUUCCUGCCUUUUACCCACUUCAUGGUUCAUUGGAUUUCUUCAACGGUAAACAGGCAAUGGUCAGCUAAGUCGCAUCGUGUAUAACCGCGGUUGGUCGUAGGUUGUGCCGGAAAGAGGGUGUCCUUGACAAUCCUCAGCAUCUGUUGCUCCACAGAGUGUGGCUUCAGGAGUAGAGGUUUUGGAGAUUCCAAAAUAUUCAGUCGUGUUUUAAUUUUUGACCUUACAAUGAAUUAUUAAUUUAAAAUCUGUCGUACUAUUGUACAUAUAUCAUAAUACCCCAAGCAAUGCAUUUAUUUAUUUAUAUAUUUUAAUUUUAUGAACGCUAAUGUUUCGUUAUUUUAAUUAUUUAAAUUUAAAAUAUCUAAUACAAUGAAUGACAAACUAUUUACAACAUACAUACUACAUACUAGCUUAUGUUAUUAACAUAACAUAAAUGUAUAUUACAGUGUCAGGACUAUUUGCAAGUAAUUCUGAUGAAGACUCACCACCAGAUGAAGAAGAGGAAGAAGCAGGAGACGGAGAAGUAGAAUAG